GAUUUUUGGCAGCGCGGUUGCAUUCCAUUAUUGUCGUUCGCGCGUGGAAAAACGGUGCUUUGGUGGAAACCGAAAAAAAGCAAAAGUGGAAGAGAUUUGGUUUUGGCUGUUUGAUUUUGGAUACAGUGUACCGAUAAUUACGGAAAACGAUAGCAUCCAAAGCGGUGCAUGGUGUGCUGAAGGACUCAGAACAUAACUGCGCAGGCCUAGAAGGCUGACUGAUUGGUGGCUGGUUGCGGAAUUAGAAGAUUAUUUGACGAGUGUGCUCUUUCGAUUGGUGCACGAUUCUCGAAGACGGGGAAAUACAAUGAUGUAUUUCAAGUUAACAGCCAUUGUGCUGUUUUCAGCCGGUGUUCUAGCCGGCAAAGAAGCGCAGCCUAAAUCAGCUGCUGCUCCAGCUUCAUCGCCUUCGAAGCCCCAACCAAAAAUUCCUCAUGGAAAACGUGAAGCACCCGUUGGAUACGGACCCAUGGACUACCUCAAUCCCGGUCAUACAGGAUACAACUAUGGAGUAGCGCAACCAUCAUUCAACCUUCCACAGUACUCUGGCCAAAAGUACUUCAUGGGACCAUUUAAAUACCCAACAACACAACCGGCUUACUUCGCUCCGGCAAGUCAUGGAUACAACACCUUCGCGGAUAAUUCGGUGAAAUACAGCAUUGGAUCGAAGGAACUAUCAGAUUUACUCAAAGCUCUGCAUUCUCCAAGCCCUGCGAUAUCGAUCAAAGCUGUCCCCACUGGCCAGGGUUGGGAUACACCUUACAGUUACGAGUCACUCAAUCAAUUCAAACCGACAAUGAUCAAGAUCCAUGAAGUGCCGUCUCAUAGCUAUGGAGCCCCUCUAGCUCCGGCAACGAACUCUUACUAUUCUCAUGGCUAUAGUGCUCCUCAUCCAGCAGAACCCACGUAUGCUUCUGGAGUCAAAGGAUUACGUCAUUAUGCCUCAUCAUACAACGCAGCGAUCCCUGAUCUAUACUCUGGAAACAAAUACAUCUCAUCCAUCAAACCACUAGCCGUUCAGACUCCCGUUCAAGUGUUGUCUCCUCUACAUACCUCUAUCCACACGCAGAAACCAUUUAAGCCUUCAACAUACCUAGGAACCACCAACGACUCACCAGACUACUCCCACACACAAUCCCCCACCUCAACCUCGGUUCACAACAGCUAUCUAGCACCCAGUCUCCAAUAUCUACCACCAAAGGCUCAGAACAAGAUAACAUUUGAACAACCCUCCAAAACCUAUCUUCCAGCGCUCCCAUCCAGCCCCAGUAACACUUACCUCCCACCGAAGCCUUCCAAUACGUACCUUCCGGCCAAACCCAGCAGUGGAAACUACAUCCCGGUGACCUCCCAUGGGGACGACUCGAAGCAUCUGCAGCACUUGCAUCAUCACCACAGUUCGGAUGAGUCUAACGAUUCGUACGAGUACAGCGGAACGGCGGGAUCAGCUCCCAGCGGAAGCACCGUCAAGCCCCAUCACCAUCCGUGGCAACCAUGAAACGCUUCCUAACCGGGUUCGCUGAGGAUCAUCCAAAGACUUUCGAUUCCUUAUUAUUACAUUUAUUUUCUUCUUUCAACCGAAUGCCGAGUGAAAGAGCAGCAUUUAUAGUAAGGUUCCAUAACAGUACUGGAUAAGCUAUUUAUAAAUGUAAGACGAAUGGGUCCCGUAUGCUGGUGCAAAGAACCACGGCCAUGCAAACAGAUGUUGGACUAUUGCCAUUUAUACUUUUUUUUUUGUAAUCGACCUUAAAUAAGAAUAACAUUCGAAUGAAAACUUCAAAGAGAGCUCUAGGCGUCUAACAGAAUUAUGUACGUAUGAAUAAUUCUAGUGAUAGGUCUAGUGGACUUGAAUCGAAAACUCUCUUCUGCUGUACGGAACGACUAAUUACACUAAUGGUGAUUUAUAAUAUUUAUGUACAUUAAACCAACUCGAAUCAUAAAAUAAAGAUUUGAUAUGA